AUGGGUUCCUCUAAUGAAGUUCUCCUGCGGCUGACCCUCUUGCUGGGGGUGCUGAGUGGAGCCCUCACAGGGAGGAACUUUACUUCUUCUUCCUCUUUUCUGAAUUCUACUAAGAAAACCAUAUCAUCAGUGUGUGGACGCCCCCAACCCAAAAGCCGAAUUGUCUCAGGACAGGAUGCCCAUCCAGGGCAGUGGCCAUGGCAAGUCAGUCUUCUUGAGAAUCGUGUAGCUGUGUGUGGUGGCUCACUCAUUUCUACAACCUGGGUGCUAACAGCUGCCCAUUGUAUAGAGAGCUUGCUGCCUCCCUCAGAUUACUCAUUAGUACUGGGCUCGAUGUCAUCUUACCCGAAUAAUGACGAUGGUGUACAGAUUCGAACAGUGGUCCAGAUCAUCAAACACCCCAGCUACGAAAAAUAUGGACCUGGGGACAUUGCUUUGGUUCAAAUGGACUCACCAGUCAACUUCAACAACCUCAUACUCCCCAUCUGCCUCCCAGGCACUGCGGAGCAACUAAUCGAUGGGAAUCUGUGCUGGGUGACUGGCUGGGGAAAUAUUGGGGAAAACCAAAAUCUCCCUCCACCUUUCAUCCUGCAAGAAUUGGAGGUGCCCCUCAUCAACCACCAAGUCUGUGACAUGUACUACCACAAAGAAUCAACUAUCUCUCCCUUGGAGCCCAUCAUCCUGUCUGAUAUGAUUUGUGCUGGCUUCCCUAAUGGCCAAAAGGAUUCCUGCCAGGGUGAUUCUGGAGGACCACUGGUAUGCAAUAUUAGUGGCGUCUGGUUCCAAGCUGGCAUUGUAAGUUGGGGAGAAGGCUGUGCACGCCCCUAUAGGCCUGGAGUCUAUACCAACGUCAAUGUCUACAAAAAUUGGAUCUUAAACAUAGUUCCAGAAGCUGGGGUCAUUAACACUGAUGCUGCUGAACCCACCAGGCUGUUCCUCCCUAUUCUACUGCUACCGGCUCUAACUUUAUUGGGGAAUCCUUCCCUUGCCUUGGAGACAUGCUAAACUCAAAGGAGAGAUUAAUAAAAUUGAAAUAAAGAAAACUAUUGAACUAA